CAUUUCCACAUUUAAAAAUCAUUCAUUAGAGUGAUUGGAAUAUUUAAAUCAAUAAAAAAUCUGUCCAAUAAGCUCAACUUAAUUGGCUGAUAAUCUUUGCUUGUUGCUCUUCUAUUGUCUGACAAAGUCAUUCUAGAAUCAGCUCUUUGUACAGACAGAAUGUUAAUUUUUCAAACAUAUAUAAUCGCCUUUCUAUUUAUUGUGGGAAUCCAUCGAUUACUGGCGAAUCCAUCAUCUAAAGAUUCUCCUUUGGAAAUCACAUCAACGGAAAAAGCAAGAAAGCAUAAUGAAUCACCAACAAUUGAUGAAACUGACGAAAAACAUAACUGGGACUGCCAAGCAGAGUCAGACUACAUCCAGAAACAGAUUGCACUGACAUCAACGUUGCUGAAAGAUGGCGAAAAAGCACUACAGGCGCAAAACGAUUUGUCAGCUGAUGAAACCGUUCUGGUACUGGGUAAAGCAGGCAGCGGAAAAACCAGUUUAGUCCAGUUCCUUACUGAAAAUCCCAAACUACAGUCGAAAAAAGUCCGAGCAGAUACCGGUGAGUACAUUUUGGAAGAUGGGGAGAAAAUUGGAACAUCAGCCACUGAAUCGUUCACACUUUACCCUGAAUUCGUCAACUACAAUUCGACCAUCAACUUCUGUGACUCACCAGGAUUCCACGACUCUAGAAGUUCUGCACAUGAAAUUGUCUCCAUGGAUGUCAUGAAGUCAACAGUUAGUCACUUCAAGAAGGUUAAAAUUCUGCUGCUUGAAAAGUACAGCUCUUUACAGUAUGGAGUAUCAAAGGAUAGCUUCAUAAAAACUCUUCAUCAUUUGAAUGAUGUUUUGGUUGAUAUUGAUAGAUAUAAAAAUCAUAUUGUGCUUAUUGCAACCAAAAUACCUUUCGUUUACAAAAUGGCAGAUGAUGGCGAUAGUGCAAUACCUGAAUUGAUAACAGAAGAAAUGCAUAUUGAGAGCAUCAUGGAAUAUUUGAAUCAUACAGAAUCAUCCAUAGCCGAGAAGCUCAAUCAGGAUAUUGGGAAAGGCCAAGAAAAGUUUUAUCAGAAAAUAAUCAAACUACUACAGAGUCUGCAAAGCAGAGAUGAAAAUGGAAAAGCAACAAGAAUCAAUGUCUUCCGGCGUCCAUACAAAUCUGGACCACUUAUCAACAUGUCAUUGCUUGAAAAGAACAGAAAAUCACUCACUAAAACUAUUAUUGAGGACUUGGAAUUUGUUGAGGUGAAGCAGAAUGACUUUGAUUUCACUCUAUCAAAUGAAGCAAAAAUGUACCUUGAAUGUCUUCUCAAACUGACAAGUGACACUUACAAGAGUAAGAUCAACGAACUUUCAUACAAGCUGAAUGAAUUUCUCGAUGGAAAAGUACAAAACUACAAAAGUUUCUAUCAGGUGUUGUCGGAGUUGGAAUCCUUAUAUGAUGCAUUGGAGCAAUUAUCAGAAAAUCUUGAUGAAACAAGGAAUUACAAUGAGCUUUUUGAAAAGAUUUAUGGUUUCAUAACAGAUCAGAGAAUUCCUCUACCAAUCAACUAUAAUGAGAGAAUACAUGUUUUGGAAAAAUAUGAUAGAAUGUUAUCAAAAUUUGUCAAUACAAGUGCAGUAUUCAUCCCAUCUUCCUGGACACAUCCAAUAAGACAGGUUAUCAAAGUUACCAAAGACGAACUACAUUGGUACAGAAAUCUAAACAAAUUCAUCGAGGGCCUCUCAAGUUACAAUAUACAGAAAAACAAAUCUGAGGUCUACUCAACAGUCUUUCAUGAGGGUGUGACAUCAACCAAUGGCUUGAUGGCACUGUUUAUGGAUACCACAGGAAGCACAGAUUUCAAACAGUUCAUUGAGGCACUAUCCAACACUAGGAAGCAAUCAGAAGUUGAAACAAUAUCAAAAACCCUCCUGAGUAAGAAUAUUGUUACUUGUGAUGUUCAUGGGAAACUAACAGUCAAAGGCUUUCAUGUGAUUCUUUCAGAAAUUAACUCAGAUAUUUUGAUGAGAUCCUACUGUACAAACAUGACUGUCAAAGAGAUUGCUCUGCUAGCUGUUGAUACAGUUUUCUUAGAUGAGGACACCAUUGAUAGUUUAAGGGGAGUGAACAUGUUUGUAGCAGCACCCAGAUGGCAGGUGAUUGGACAGAGGAGAAUUGUGCUCAGUGGUCAGCCAGGAUCUGCAAUUGAUGACAACCUUCUUGACUUCAAGUACUGGUUGUAUCGUGAAAGUGGAUUUGUUGGGAGACCAGGACUGCCAGGAAGUAAUGGAGGUAGCUUCUUUGGAAUUGGGUUAACGUUUUUUAAUGGAAAAAAAUUGUACAUUGAGUUGAACGGUGGAACAGGAGGACCUGGAUCAAACGGAGGAAAAGGGUAUCAAGGUUUCGAUGGUAGGAGUGCUGAAACGCUUUUGAGAUCAAAUGGAUAUGAUAUUGGAGAUUCAAUACACAAAUUUGAUAGUGGAGUUAUAACCGAAAAUUUGGAAGAUAGUUUGAAUGAAGGAUCUAAUGAUAGUAAUUUCACUUUAUCUGUGUGCAGCACAGAUUCAUAUUCUGAGGAUUUCAAUACCCGCACAGAGAUGCAAGUAGUCUUGAAAGAUGGUGAGUGCGGACAAGAAGGACUUCCAGGGGGUUUGGGCGGCCAUGCAGGUAUUGGGGGAUACCCAGGUGAUAAGCAUCUGUUUGAGCUGGGAGACUCAUCUGAGAUUGAAAUUCGAAAUGAAACAGGCAGCAUGGGAACCCAUGGAAGUAAGGGAAAAGAUGGGGAUCGAGGUGAGGAUGGAAUUGGAAUGAUUUGUGUCCAAAUAGAAGCGUUUAAAGAGAAUUAUGAAUAUGAGCUAUUCGAGAAACUAGACUCAUUCUGGAAAUGCGAGUCAAUUAAUAGCACAUCACCGACAUGCAACACUUGUCCCAAACGGGACCAAACUGUUGGAAACCAGAGCUACAUACAAGAAGGCAUUCAACAGCCAGCACCUAAAAAGUCUGCUGAUUUCACUCGGUACCUGCUGGACUACAGAAUGUUGUUAGAGGUACACUCUAAAAACACUUUAUUCAACAAGGUGAUAGGCGAUUUCAAAGAGGCCACUGAGAAGAAAUUCUCAUAUGGUCUGAAUGAAAUGGGAUUGAAGUUCUUCAAAAAAUCAUCAUAAUUUUCCACAAAUACAAAUAAGCUAUUCAGAUUGUACCAGAGGGGCCCCCCAAAACAAAAUCAUAAUACGUUUUCUGUAUGGAUAGGCGAUAGGCCUAUCUCCAUUCAAACACAAGGCUUGUUAUAUUCGAAAAUACACUGUACACACUUCAAUUGAAGCAAUAAUAUUUCUUAUGUUUGCUAGAUUCGGUCGAAAGAUGCGAGAUUUUUGCUGCAUUGAGAUUCAUUUAAACUGUUGUAAUUGGUUAAAUCAGAAGCAUUGAUGGUUGGGAAAGCUAACAGUUUCAAGUGAAUCAUGCUAUUAGAAUGAUCUGUGCGGUUCUUUUUAAUGCUAAAUUCUUCAAUCUACAUCAUCCUGCAUCAUACAGACCAAGAUCCACGCCUAAAUAAGCCCGACAUACUAUAAGGAUUGUUCAAUAUGUAGAAUGAGAGAAAGACUAUUUUGGAAGAUAUAGUUCUGCAGAUACCCUACGUAAUAUGAUAAGGAUUCAAAUUUUGGUAAGUUCUAUAAGUACAAGAUCGUCACUUUAUAUUGAUAGGACCGUAUAUUAUGAUCAUUGAAUAUGAUUUAUUAAUUUUAUUUUUACAAAAAAA